CGUUCGCCGUUCGAAGUCAGUUCGGUUUGAGCUGUUGAGCAGAUCGCAAGUGUUUUCCGAGCGAGGCUUUUUGAGUGGUUCACGUGUGGUGAGCGCAUUCGCGAUUUUUUUUUUGUAUAAAAUCUACCCGCGACGUUCGUGUGUUCGCGCGUACCAACACAUGCUAGGGUACGUACUUCUGCAUUGAGACGGGUACUCAGCUCUAGAAGUGAUUACCGAGCUUCGGGUGUGUGCGUGUGCUGGACAAGUGCUGGUACCUGAUUGUGUCAGCUCGUUAUUUUGUAGAUUGAAAACUUAAACACUACAUGCAGUAUUGGAGGAAUUAAUUUACGAGUGGAUAGUGAACCCGUAGGUGCCCUAUUUAGAUUUGACCUUUAACGUGAUACUGUACUGAGGUUCCGAGUAUACAUUGUAAGUUCUUUGCUCGGGUGAAAAGUGCAUACAGAAUAUGUGGAGAACAUCUGUGUCAGCGAAAGUGACUUAUUUGAAUCGCCAUCUUGAGUUAAUGUGUUGAAUACCGAUUAGAGAAAAGAGCCAUAUCUACAUUGGCCAGUGUCAAUAGCCAUUGCAGGCCUUUAAUCAUCUUGCGUUGAAGUGAGUGGUUAUUGAGCGAAGAUAGUUUGUCGAGAGGCUUGCCAAACGAACAAACAAAAAAGAUCCAGUUCUUUUCAAACAAGCAGACCAACAUGUAUCCAUCAAAAGGAGGAGCGUCGUCAGCUGGAGGUUUCACGCACCUUUCCCUUUCAGAGGGUCAAAAUAAGCAGGACAAAUUUUCCACCGACAGCGGAGCGAUAGACUCGGGCUUCCAUUCCGGGCAGAACUUCAGCUCGGACAAUCUGUUCAGCUCGUCUUCGUCGGCGUCAGUGCAACCGGAAGAAGCUCCAGUGCAAGUGCUGUACCAAUCCGGUAGCCAGAAGCAACCCCUGGAGGAAGACAGCCGCACCUUCGAUUCCGGUGUGGAUCUAGACUCGAGUCAGCAGAACCCGAGCAGCGCCGAUCCGAUGAAGGUGGACGACCUGUGCAUCAGCCUGCGCCAAAUGCAGAUGAAGUCCAAGGAGCAACAACAGGCGCUGCAUUUGAUGAAAUGGGAAAAGUACUUCCACCAGAACGACGACGGUGAUACUUACCUACACCUUGCCGUGAUCCACGAGGCUACCGAAGCGGUCUAUAAUUUGAUUCACGCGGCACCGCGGCCCUGGCUGGACAUUCAAAACGACAUUGGCCAGACGCCGCUGCACCUUUCGGUGCUAACGGGCCAGCCGAAAAUCGUUCGCCGGCUGAUGGUGGCCGGUGCCAAGACCGGAAUCCGUGACGUCGAAGGCAACACACCGCUGCACCUGGCCUGCCUACACCAGAGGACUGACUGCGCAAAAGAACUCCUGAACCCGCUGAGUCAAGAUCUGGAACAGUGGAACUACAAUGGAAAACGAUGUGUUCACAUUGCUGCCGAGACGUCCAACAUUGAAAUUCUUCGGUCUUUGGUCAGCGCUGGAGCCGAUAUCAACUCCCGGGAAGGAAAAUCCGGCCAGACACCGCUCCACAUUGCCAUCGAGUACAACAACGAACAGUUGGUGAACUUCCUGCUGGACGAGUGCCCCAAGCUGCGGCUCGAGCAGGUGACCUAUGCCGGCCUGACCGCCUACCAACUGGCCGCUAUCCAACACAACCAGACCCUACUAACCGGGCUGAAAAGCCACGGUGCGGAACCCCUGACGCCCCCCGAGAGCGACUACGAGGAAGAGGACAGCGAAGAAGACGAACAGAUGUCAUCGUAUUACGGAUCCAAUGCAUUUGGCGCCACUUUCCCUGGCCUUUCCACCAUCAAUGUUGCGUGAGACGUGGCUUUGAAAUCCCGCCUUAUUAUAAAAGAAUCACCAAUCCAACAGAAUUGUAGCACCUUCACGUUUCGCGUAAGAUCGAUAGCGGAUAUCAAAAACGUCAAGGCUUAACACGUUCCCGUUUUAUCCAGACUAAACCGGGGAGAUUUGUGCCAUUUUGUACGCGUAUCGAUCGGUAGCCGAUCAGAGCACAAAGUCCAGACAGGCUGUUUAGUGACCCUCUUAGUGUUAAAUGUGAUUGUGCCUUAUUUUGCUAUAUACCUUUCCAUGUCCCCUACCUAGAAUGUAAAUCGUUCCGAGUGCUAUGUCCUUGAUAGGACAUUUAUCGACACCGAACGAUUUGCGUUUCCCUAAAUUCGUUGCUUUAACAUAUUUUACCCUCUAUAAUUGAAAGGACUUUUAGGCGUAGCUAGCUUCAUUCGUUAGAAAAGAAAACGAAUUCGUUUGACAUCUGUAGUAGUUUCUUGUCUUGUGAAGCUAUCUCUAACCGAAUCGGACCAAUUAAAUCGGAUAAUAAUGAAAACCAUUGUAGCAAAAACAGAGAAAUGAAAGAAAUAAAAACAAGAAAUAUACGUUUAUAGCAAGUAGACACCGUUUAGUUGUAUGUUACAAAUUUUAUGAAAUCUUUUUGUUUCCUAUGUUAUCGAGACACAGAUAUUGUCGUAUUUAUACAAA